CUCGAAGCUCCCAGAGAGUUCGUAAGGGGUGCAGUUCCCUUAAAUCUGACUUACCUGCCUAUUCUUCACUCAUAUACUUCUUCUAACUCAUUUCAUAGCCCCCAUUUCACCCUCACAUAAGUCUAGUCAUGGCCCGGGUUAGCAAGUCUAAAGCUGCGAGAUUCAAUGCGCAUAUCGUGAGGAAUCUUCAAGCUGCUAUCGAAAAGGAUCCGGAGAUUGAUCUGACAGCGAAACUGCCCUUGAGGUAUUCCGAUCGUUUGAAUGGUAUGCGUCAGAAGAUUGAGCUUGAUAAUGCGACCGUAACGGAAGAGCACGCAAAAGAUGACAUUCGGCAUUCAAUUCGCGCAUCAGACUCACCUGAGGUCGUUUUCCCUCUAUCCGAUAAAGUUCAGGAGUUACUUGGGAUAUCUUAUGCGGGCGAACUACUUCCAGCUGGGCUUGGGCAGCGAUUGGUUGAUAUCAUACACUCAAGCGACGUUGUCUGGAAAGCUCCUUUCUCCCGUCAGAAAAUGGUUCUGAGCUGUGGUCACAAUAUUAUCUUGAAGGCUGUGCGGAACUUGGACGAUACAACGGAGUAUACAACCCUAAACUACCUUCACCAACGCAAACCGAACAUAGCCGCACCAAAGCCACUUGGAUUUGUUCGAAUGAAUGACGUCUCACUCAUAUUCAUGACUCGCUUGCCUUCGAGAACUCUGGCUGAUGUAUGGCCAUCUUUAAAAGAAUACCAAAAGGUCUCGAUCCGGAAGCAACUUACCACUAUUCUGAAUGAUUUACGAACUUUACCUUAUGAGGAAGGUACGCCUUUUGGUGGAGUUGGGGGUGAAGGCUGUAAGGAUAUUCGAAGACAUCUUCGUCGAAGUGUUGAGCCUAUCAUUACUGCUGAUGAAUUUGAAGAUUUUCUCUUCACAAGUGGUCGGUCUGGCGGAGCAGUCUUCAUAGAAUUGCUUCGCCAGCUUUCCCCUCCUACUAAGUCUCCCUCGCCUGCAAUAGUUUUCACACAUGGUGACCUUCGCCCGGAAAACAUUGCCGUGAAGUUGGAAGAUAAUGAAUAGAUCGUCACUGGACUCCUUGAUUGGGAAUACAGUGGGUUUUACCCAGAGUACUACGAAGCUGUCAGGUGCACAAACUGCCUGGGGCCUUAUGAAGAAAAUGAUUGGUACCUAUAUCUACCUAACUGCGUUUCACCGAAGAGAUACAUGCAUUGGUGGCUUCUUGAUCAUGUUCGAGAGUCUAGAGUGGUAUAGAUGACAGUCUGAACACUCAUGAAUAUAUUCCGUUGGACAGAAAGACAGCGGUAAUAUUAGAGAAUUGCUCCCCUUCUCUUCUUCAAUUCCUUCCUAGCCUCGCGAUAGUCCUCGUCGUCCUCUUCUAGGAUGAACUCGUCUUCCAACUUAUCAAGCAGCUCAAGCACAUAGUCCUGACAGUCCCAGUCAACAGUGUCGUUGUCGACUCGAACUUGCUUCGCGGCUUCUUUGACGUCUGCAAUAUCGUCAUCUCGGAGUGUGGCAACAUAAACAUUGCUAACAUAGCUUCUGGAAGCAUCCGGUCGAGCGUACACCACAUUGCGCUGGAAGUUGCUGGCCGGUGACUUCGAAAAUGAUGCUUUCUUUAUCGCCGUCUAUGUAUAGAGCCCAAUGUUGGUAAUUGCCGUAUCGAGGCCGGUAGAAAGCAACAUAUAGCUUUGGAUUACCCAUCUCUUGUUCUCUCUCGUGUAGUCAGCAUUAGAUCAAUAAUGAAACGCU